AUGCCCCCAACCUCUGGUAUGAGUGGAUCUCCCCACUGCACCAUGCCCCCAGUCUCCGGUGUGUGUGGAUCUCCCCACUACACCAUGCCCCCAAACUCGAAUGUGAGAGGAUCUCCCCACUACACCAUUCCUCCAGUCUCCGGUGUGAGUGGAUCUCCCCACUACACCAUGCCCCCCAAUCUCCGGUGUGAGUGGAUCUACCCAAUGCACCAUGCCCCAAGUCUCCGUUGUGAGUGGAUCUCCCCACUACACCAUGCCUCCAAUCUCAGGUGUGAGUGGAGCUCCCCAAUGCACCAUGCCCCCAAUCUCAGGUGUGAGUGGGUCUCCCCACUUCACCAUGCCUCCAAUCUCAGGUGUGAGUGGAUCUCCCCACUUCACUAUGCCUCCAAUCUCAGGUGUGAGUGGAUCUCCCCAAUGCACAAUGCCUCGAAUCUCCGGUGUGAGUGGAUCUCCCCACUUCACCAUGCCUCCAGUCUCCGGUGUGAGUGGAUCUCUCCACUACACCAUGCCUCCAGUCUCCGGUGUGAGUGGAUCUCUCCACUUCACCAUGCCUCCAGUCUCCGGUGUGAGUGGAUCUCCCCACUUCACCAUGCCUCCAGUCUCCGGUGUGAGUGGAUCUCUCCACUACACCAUGCCCCGAAUCUCCGGUGUGAGUGGAUCUCCCCACUGCACCAUGCCCCCAGUGUGAGUGGAUCUCCCCACUACACCAUGCCCCCAGUCUCCGAUGUGAGUGGAUCUCCCCACUACACCUUGCCCCCAGUCUCCGAUGUGAGUGGAUCUCUGCAGUGCACCAUGCCCCCAAUUUCCGGUGUGAGUGGAUCUCCCCACUACACCAUGUCCCCAAUCUCCAGUGUGAGUGGAUCUCUGCAGUGCACCAUGCCCCCAAUCUCCGGUGUGAGUGGAUCUCUGCAGUGCACCAUGCCCCCAAUUUUCGGUGUGAGUGGAUCUCCCCACCAUGCCCCCAAUAUCCCGUGUGAGUGGAUCUCCCCACUACUCCAUGUCCCCAAUAUCCGAUGUGAGUGGAUCUCUGCAGUGCACCAUGCCCCCAAUCUCCGAUGUGAGUGGAUCUCUGCAGUGCACCAUGCCCCCAGUCUCCAGUGUAGGUGGAUCUCUCCUAUUCACCAUGCCCCCAGUCUCCAGUGUGAGUGGAUCUCUCCUAUUCACCAUGUCCCCAAUCUCCGGUGUGAGUGGAUCUCUCCACUGCACCAUGCCCCCAGUCUCUGGUGUGAGUGGAUCUCCCCACUGCCCCAUGCCCCCAGUCUCCGGUGUGAGGAGAUCUCCCCACUGCACCAUGCCCCCAGUCUCCGAUGUGAGUGGAUCUCCCCACUACACCAUGCCCCCAGUCUCCGGUGUGAGUGGAUCUCCCCACUACACCAUGCCCCCAGUCUCUGGUGUGAGUGGAUCUCUCCACUGCACCAUGCCCCAAGUCUCCGGUGUGAGGAGAUCUCCCCACUGCACCAUGCCCCCAGUCUCCGAUGUGAGUGGAUCUCUGCAGUGCACCAUGCCCCCAGUCUCCAGUGUGAGUGGAUCUCUGCAGUGCACCAUGCCUCCAGUCUCCAGUGUGAGUGGAUCUCUGCAGUGCACCAUGCCCCCAGUCUCCGGUGUGAGUGGAUCUCUGCAGUGCACCAUGCCCCCAGUCUCCAGUGUGAGUGGAUCUCUGCAGUGCACCAUGCCUCCAGUCUCCAGUGUGAGUGGAUCUCUCCACUACACCAUGCCCCCAGUCUCCGGUGUGAGUGGAUCUCCCACUACACUAUGCCCCCAGUCUCCGGUGUGAGUGGAUCUCUCCACUGCACCAUGCCCCUAGUCUCUGGUGUGAGUGGAUCUCCCCACUGCACCAUGCCCCUAGUCUCUCGUGUGAGUGGAUCUGCCCACUACACCAUGCCCCCAGUCUCCGGUGUGAGUAGAUCUCUGUACUACACCAUGCCCCCAGUCUCCGGUGUGAGUGGAUCUGCCCACUGCACCAUGCCCCCAGUCUCCGGUGUGAGUGGAUCUCCCCACUACACCAUGCCCCCAGUCUCCGGUGUGAGUAGAUCUCUGCAGUGCACCAUGCCCCCAGUCUCCGGUGUGAGUGGAUCUCCCCACUACACCAUGCCCCCAGUCUCCGGUGUGAGUAGAUCUCUGCAGUGCACCAUGCCCCCAGUCUCCGGUGUGAGUGGAUCUCUGCAGUGCACCAUGCCUCCAGUCUCCGAUGUGAGUGGAUCUUGGCAGUGCACCAUGCCCCCAGUCUCCGGUGUGAGUGGAUCUCUCCACUGCACCAUGCCCCCAGUCUCCAGUGUGAGUGGAUCUCUCCACUACACCAUGCACCCAGUCUCCGGUGUGAGUGGAUCUCCCACUACACCAUGCCCCCAGUGUGAGUGGAUCUCCCACUACACCAUGCCCCCAGUCUCCCGUGUGAGUGGAUCUCUCCACUACACCAUGCCCCCAGUCUCCGGUGUGAGUGGAUCUCCCACUGCACCAUGCCCCCAGUGUGACAGGAUCUCCCACUACACCAUGCCCCCAGUCUCCCGUGUGAGUGGAUCUUGGCUAUGUACAUAA